GCGCUACACUGCCAACAGUGACGGGGCAUCUUGCACGUAAUUCCCCAACAAGCCAGUUACUUUCACUUUAACAAAAUCACCAGUCUGUUUCGCUGGUUUAUCGUAUCACGUCGGUUUUGAGUUUGAAUUAGUUUAAUUCCAUUUUAAACGCAAAUCAAAUUACGCGCGCUGUUUAUUUGUCCAUGUAGUAUAUCCAGACAGCCUCUCUGUCUGUCUAUCUGUCCUCUUUUUGUGUGUACCUGCGCGUUGUGUAACCCAUCCAGGUUACCGAAUCCCGAAUUUCGGGAUUCAGAUCGCGUCGUCCCGGUGCUCGUAACAGGUGUUGAUUCUGAAUUGUCCGGUCGUCUGUAGAGUCGCCGCGGUUUUUCGUUGUUUUGAAUCGUAAGGGGAGGCUGAGAUAGGGAGAGGGAGAGAUGUCUACCACGGUGGGAGAUAUACUGAACUAUAAGAAGAGCGAGAAGGAAGAUUACUAUGCGAUUUUGGGAUGCGAUGAGCAUUCGUCUGUGGAACAAAUCUCUCAAGAAUACAAAGUAAGAGCUCUUCAAUACCAUCCAGAUAAGAAUUCUGGGGACAAAACUGCAGAAGAAAAGUUUCAACUUCUCAAUGAGGCCAAGGAUACGUUGACAAAUCCCGAGAAGAAGGCCCUCUAUGAUAAAUGGAGGAACAGCGGAAUAUCAAUGGGCUAUAAACAAUGGCUUGGCAUGAAGGAGCACGUUCAGCAAUCGAUGCACUGGUCCACGCCCAAAACCAAAGACCGCAUGCUGGAAUCGGGCGGCAACUCUGGUCCCUCGAGCCUCGGGUCGUCCAACGUCACAGCCGCCCAGCGGAGGGCGUCCGAGGGCGGCGCCAACCUGCACUGGGGCGGCAGGAGCGGCACGCCGUGGGGUGCCGGCGCGGCGGACGCCCACAGCGAAGUUGCCGCGCUAUGGUCACCAUCCAAAACCAAGAAGUCCGAUGUCCACUCGGGAGGCUCUGGACCUUCCAGUCUCACAGUUGGGGGAUCUCCGGGUUCCUACAGGAGAGCUUCCGAAGGUGGGGCGAAUUUGUUCCUGAAGACGCGCAAGAACAAGCCAGAAGAAAAAUCUCACCAAAUAUAAACUAUAGAUAUAAAACAUAUAUCCAGUGUGGAGGAGAAUAUUAGAGACACGUGAAAAAAAAAAUAUGUGUCCAAUAUUCUCGUAAACACUAUAUUUAUUUUUCUCAAAAUUUUGUUUACAUAAGGGUACGUCCAUACUGCACCGGCUUCCCGCUUUAUCGCGGCAAACUAGCGGUGAAAAAUA